AAUGAAUAAAAUAAAUUUGAGGGAAAAAAAAGAAAUAGGGAUGAAAAAGAAUACUAGAAAUGGAGAUAUGCAAUAAGACAAGAAUCUUGCAGGUCUGUUUCCUGGUCUGGAGAGCCUUCAAGGGCUAACAAUGGAAGCCCCCUCAAUACCUCCUAAAAUUGGGUCAUCCGAAUUGAGUAUUUUGAGUUUUUUCAUUGCUUGAACUGUAUAGAAAACUAUUUUCUUUCUGGGGGGGGGGGGAUAUUAGUGCUCUCUGAGCUUGAGAUUUUCUAGCAGAUGUUUCAUUACCCAAACUAGGUAAUAUCAUCAGUGCUACUAACUAGAUGCUACCUCAUUUUGGUAAUGAAAAAUCUGCCAGCUCAGAGAGCACCACGGACUCCUUAUUUCAACCAUGAGCUGCAAAUAUUCUCCUUUAUUGAUGUUAUUGUUUCUUUCGUGUCCUUGAUGCUCUGUAGUGUUUGACAUCCCCGGGGAAGAAAUAAAAAAAUAGAGAUCCAAUUUUCCCCUUUCUUGCUUCUUUUACUUCUGUAAAUGUACCCAUUAAAAGUAAUUUAAACAGGAAAUUUAAUUUUCUAUUAAGUGUAAUUUAAACAGGAAAGCAACCCGACUUUUGGAUGCGAAGAAUGAUUGCGGAGUUCAGCCGAACACUAUUGUUCCAGAAUUUAAUGGCUUUAUAAGGACUGUCUUGAAGAAUCGAAGUCUCACUCUUCUGGAGCCAAGACCAUCUCUGUUUUUGCACUUUGCUGGAAACCUGGGCGAAGAGAGGACCUCUUUUGCUGCCACUUGGACUCUCUGAAAUAGGACAACUCAGUAGAAUUUGGAUAUCAAAAGGUUUUGCAGCUUGGACAGCCUAAGUUCUCUGCUUCAACUGUAGCAGCAUCGAGUGUGGCCAACGAUGAUGUCUUCCUUAAAGACUGAAAGCAAUCUGCUUAUCUCCUCUGGAGAUUACUCCAGAGAUAACGAGCAAAUGAAUCAACUGUCUUCAAGAACGUUGCCCUAAACCAUGUUUGGGAAAAAUACCUCGAAUUGACAGAGGUGAUUAAAGUUCGUUGGACUAUUUCUGAAGUGGUCAACCUUUCUUCAAAUACUACUAAAAUGGUGGAAAUUGCUCCAAAUAGGUCUGAAAUAUCUUUUCCUUAUGACCAAGGGUUAAACCAACACCUUUUAUAUGCAUUCUUUGCCUUGAUUUGCAUCUUGGGCCUGGUGGGAAAUGGGAGGACAAUUUAUCUCCUGGCCUUUUCCAUUAAGAGGAAUCCUUUCACCACGUUCAUCCAGAAUCUCUCCGUCGCUGAUUUUGGAGUCCUCACAUCCCUCGUUAUGGCAGAAAUAUUUGUGACAGUGUCAACUCUGGGUAAAAUACGUGAUAUUGGUGACACCUUUUUCUUCUUAUUUUUCGAGCUCUUUUUCUUCACCUAUUCUGCUAGCCAGUUUCUCCUGACGGCCAUCAGCCUGGACAGGUGCGUGGCUGUCCUCUUCCCUCUCUGGCAUCGCUGCCAUCGUCCUCCAUAUUUGCCCAGUCUUGUUUGUGGCCUCAUCUGGAUCCUCUCCUUCCUGCUCUCUGCAGUGCACUUCAUUCUGUAUUACACCAAGAGUUCUGGAAGUGCACGUUUUCUUUACCAGCUGAUUGUGAAUGGUUUAUUUUGCACGCCUCUCAUGGUUGUGUCUACUAUAACUCUCUUGGUUCAUACGAGGUCUAAAAUACAACGCAAUCAAAGGAAACUUCUCACCACUAUCUUGCUGGCUCUCCUCUUCUUCCUCCUACUUUCUCUCCCAAUGAAUGUCUUUUAUGUCAUUGAAUAUUUUGGUGCCUAUAAUUCCUCCCUCAUGACCGUCGGAUUCGGAUGUGCUGCUCUCAACAGCAGCAUCAACCCUCUUCUUUAUUUCUUAGUGGGGAGGAAGAAGAAGGGGAAGGAUCAGCCCAGAGCAUCCUUCAAGGUGGCUCUGCAAAGAGUUUUCAAGGAUGAGCAGGACAGCUCAAAAGAGCAGCAAACUACUGAGGAAAGCAUAUUGUGAAGUGUCACUCAUUGAAUAAUCAUUUUAAAAUCCAUAAGUAAUUUGUGGGUUCAGUAAGAAAAUUGUUGUGAUUUAUUGAACAAGCUGAACAUAAAACCAUAUAAAUAGAAAAUAUUUAUCUCUGUAUAAUUCUAAAAAUGAAUAUGCUUAUAUAGUAAAUGUUUUACUUCUACAAUUCCUUUUUUCCUUUCCUGAUAAAAACUGUUAGAAAUAAUUAUUACUGCAUGAAAUGUUCAACAUGUGUAAUAUUUAUUAUUUGAUGUGUUAUCGGUUGCCUGUUUUCCAAGGUUUUGUUCCUAAUAAACUUUGCAGAAUAUAGGCUUCACUAAAACAUGUAAGUUAUGCGUAUAUGUAUAAUGAAAGAAAAGAGAAGGGGAAAAAAAGUAUGUACAGGAUACAUUUCCAGAAAUAAAA